AUUAUACAUAAUUUAUUCAAUAGAACGAUAAGGAAUAUUAUACACAGAAAAAAUGAAUGAUACAACUCCACCUAGAAUUGUCAAUAGACCGGUAGAGGGUAGAGGGAGUUUACUAGGGUUGCUAUGGAAACUGACAUUGGUCAUUGCAAUGGCGCAUUGGCAGUUAAACAUGGCGGACAGGAUGUAAAGGGGCGGAGGCGUCGAUCGCCUAAACGGCGUGGCCCCCUGUUUAUUGUGGUUCCAUCCCCCGACAAAUUGAGGACAGGUGGUAUUCAUUAAAAGAAAGGUAGGGGGUCUAUAAUCCCACCUGCUUUAAACUCCCUCUUUUCUCUCUGUUUGUCUGUAUCCCCCCCUGUGUCAGCUGUAGUUAGGCUAUCGAGCAAGGCCAUAAUGGAUGCUGCAGGGAUCGGAAACUGGGGAGCUUUCGGUCAGCUGGUUACAGUGAUAGCAGCUGCACUCGCGGCGGUUUAUAUUAUAGUGGAUAAUGUGAGGAAAACAAACGAGGAUCAGGGGGAUACUUCACAGACUCAAAUAAAGACUAAACACGCUCAGGUGAAUUAUCCCCCUACCUGGGGGAUAUUUGGUAGGGUCUUCCAAUGCGGGCGACCCUACUUCGGUAGUAGGUCCCCACUACGUUCAAUUUGGGAGAUUCGAGAUGACGUAGAUAAACAGCGCUCCCUGGCGUUCGAGGAAACGGACUCUUGCCAAACACGGGGGACGAAAAUAGUUUCGGGACCAAGUCCGUCAGAGGCUUCCAACGAUAAGAUUACACAGACGGGAGUCGAGUCACCCCUUGAGAUGGAUUCAGUCUGGUUUGGGGACCGUAACCAUGACGACGCGCCUGUCCGAUCGAUUUUCGACGAGCAGAGUCGCUUAGUAUUACCUGUCGCAGUUAACAGUUACCUGACCGAUUUGUGCGAAAAUAUGGAUAAAGACGGAAACGACGUCACGUAUACUUCCGACAGGUGCAUAACAGAAAGUCAUGCUCGUCUGCAACGCCUGUUAGAGCGUGAUAUGGAACGACAAGCCCGAAAAGCCCAUCUGACUACGGACGAGAGCGAUAGAAUCAGGGAGAGGAUGAAAUGUGGCAGACAGAAAUGGUUGCAAGAUAUCGAAAAGGAUUGGGAGCAGUUCAACGUCGAAGCUUGCAUAGACAACGAUGCUAGGUUCGAAAGAGACCGUAUGCCAGCCAUACCGGAGAGGAAAGCUGUGGAGGUCUGUACGUCAGUCGCUGGUGUGUCAGUAGGAGCGACUUCACCCGGCGCACAUUCUGCAGCUCCUACAACAUCGGCUCGUACUCGAAACGAUUUUUCUCACGAGGCGGUACUAACUACGAAACCUGUAAUUCCCAGCACAAACCGGCAUUUUUUCGUACAGGAACCUAUUAAACGAUUUUCGGGGAAUGUUAUCAGUUCUUUUAAACAGCCUAAAUACAGAGAAUUUUCUACUCUGGUGAGACAGGACACCGAGAGCGGCAGACAGGUCCCGUUGCUAGGCAACGGCGAUGAUCGUUGUUUGUUGCUCGAGGAGCCGGUCGAUGACACUUUUUCUUCUAAGACGAAUGACAAACAUUGCGUCGCGGAAUCUACUGACGAAAAUUCGGUUAGUACGUCUGUUGUAGUCGCACGGGAGACACCGAAACAUCAAAUUGUCAUGAGUCCUAAUAGGCUACAUCCCGGUAGUCAGUCUGCUAAUUUUGAAGCAUCAAUCGACAAGGACGUUAAGAGAGCCGACGUUGUUAAACCCCCCAUUCCUCCAUCGUCUCUAUUACUACCAAACAAAUCCGAAUCUAGUAGGCGAUUGUUUAAGGCUAGACAGCAGUUUUUUGAAAAUUUAUGCCACGCUUCGAACGACAAAAGUCCCGAAUGUGUUCAGAAAUUGAGAAGAUUUCAGCAAUCUGCUAGAGAAGCGCGUUACCGUUUGGCAUGUAGCACCCCGGAUUUGAAAUUGUUAGAAGAAAAAAUUCGAUUGACACUUCCGAGACCAAUUCCUGUGGAAGUGACACCGAAAAGUAAAGUGGCACCUCCUACGCAACCCGCAUGGCCACAACUGACGAAGAAAUGUUUAGUCAAACGUUAUAGUAAAAGUGUAGGAUAUCUCGAGACGGAUAUCGACACUUUAGAAAGCAGAACAGUUCAGGAAACAAAUUUACAUUACAUUCACACGCAAACUAUGUUAACAAAUAAGAAAAGACCGGAAGAAUCGGAAAAUCGUACUCGCAGCGUGGAUUAUUUAGUAAGCAGUGGAAGCAAAACCCCCGAAAAUCCUCUAGGACGAACUAAAUCCGAAUACGAAAUCCGAUUUGAGAAAUCACUCCAAAAUUUACAGGUACCAGAAUGGUACAAACAAUCAAAAUGGAGUCACACAAACAAAGAUGGUUUCUUAUUAAAAAAAAAGAGGGAUAAAGGUUGGCAGGGUCUAAGAUCUAGAGCCACUUCCACUUUAUCUAUGACUAAUCUCAACCAUCGUUCAUCUAAGGGAGGAAUGAUAUCGGCGGGUGAAAGCCCUACAUCAUCUACAGGGUCAUUAUCACGUUGGAGUAGUACAAAAUUAUCAACUGCCAGUGGACCAGUUUUUAGUUGGAACGUAUAUCGUUCUAACAAACAACCUUAUUUAGGUUGGAGAGCUUCAUCUACACAAUCACCAACAAGUAGUAACCAGUCUAUAGGUUCGACUCCAACCUCUCCUGAUCCUAGCUGUGAUUCUACAUCGAGGAAGGUGUUACGAUUUCUUGGUCAGGAAGUACCAGUUGUAGCCAGUUUACAGGACGUUACAGAAGUCAUAGACAAGAGUGAAUUAGAGGAAGAAAAAUCACCCGGAGCUCAAAGUGAUCGUUUAGAAAUACCAAGAGACAGAUAUUCUUAUAUAGAAAGCAUAUUUAAUAGUGAUAGUUGCAUACCUCAACAUUCGUGCAGAGGUCGAGGAAAAUUUGAUAGAAAUAAAAUAUUAUGGAUUGAAUCUUCCUUCGUUGGUAAAAGGGCUACGACCUCGGUUGCUGUGGCUAGAGAUGAGGAGGAUGAAAAACCAAUUAUUCAAAAUGGAUCUGUUAUAUGUUUAAUUUGCAUAUUCGGAUUCGACGUUGUAACGUUUAAGAAGAGGCAAACGUUUGCUAAUGAGGAUUGGCUUAAUAUUCCAUGUCACCGGAGGCCUCAAAAGUUACCUUCUACUUGGUCCUCGGGACACGAAAGGACUAUGUGGAUUUAUAGAUCGAAUAAGAGAGAUAAUAACAGUGUUGUAACGAGACCAGAUAAUUGUUUAGACGAUAGAAACGUUCAGGAUGUCAACCGCACCUCUAUGACUUCGAGUGAAAGUGGUAAUUUGUGUUGGGAUCAGCCACCCCCUACUUAUGCUGAAAUUAUAUUUGCGCGAAGCCAAAAUUCAUCCGAACGUGUUUAG